AUGUCGACACCGGCUUCCAAGUGCGCAAUCUCACCUUACUCACCCCUAAAGCNNACUACUACACAUCUGACGACAGCAUGGGCUGAAUCCUUGUCUCAUAUCUUUGGCUUGUCAGGCCCAAACAAGUUCUUUGAGUUUCUAGUCCGUGGUGUAUGUCCUUUCUCGAUCUACAACCACACAUCUAUCUCAGGAGUCCUGACCCCCUGCCUAGNNCUCUUCUUCGUCCUGAACCUCGUCUUCAAUGGAAUCAUGUGGGGUCUCUUUACACGUGCCCUCACUCUCGCCUCGAGUACCACAAGAGUCAGCGUCAUCAACACAUCUGCCAACUUUAUGAUCACCGCUGUCUUGGGCGUCUUGAUCUUCUCCGAAACUUUGCCUGGCCUCUGGUUGCUCGGAGCUGCUAUGCUGGUCGCUGGAAGUGUCAUUAUCGGUAGAAGAGAAGAGGGUAAAGAGACGGGUGAUGCGGGCACUGCAGGUGCUGAACCGACUGUGCUUGCGGCAGACAGCUCAGACACCACUCCAUUCGCCGAUGAGCCAGAUGCGCCCUUGGAUGGUAGUCAUCGAAACGAAGCCUUCAAGGAUGCGCCAAGCACACACGAGUUGGAGAACACGGACAAAGUCUGGUCAAGUUGA